AUGUCGAACGCUGGCACAGCGCGGACGCCGCCCACUCACAUUGAUCUAGAUCUUCGACGUGAAGAAUCCGUCAAUACGGACACAUCUAGCGGCGUAGUUAUCGUUAAUGGUGAAAGGAGGCACGGCAAAAAAAAGAAAAACGAUACUUUAAGCAAGAAAACCUCAGAAUUAUGGUUCAGGUUGUUCCUCGCAGUAUGCGCCAGCGCAUUUAUAGUUCUGCCGUUUUUUGCAUACUCGCUAGAUGGAAAAGAAGUCCAACAAAACGAACAAGGGAAAAUAGUGUUGGAGUCAAUUAAAUGGGUAAGUCAUCUGUAUAUUCUUGACAUCCGUAUUUGGCUAUAG